AUGAUUCCAAAUAUCGCAGCAAUUCUAUCGCUGGCGAGCCUUGCGGCUGCCCAGCAGGUGGGUACCCAGCAGACCGAGACUCAUCCUUCAUUGUCGUGGAGCCAAUGCACGAGUUCGGGAUGUUCUACAAAGAGCGGCUCUGUUGUUGUUGAUUCCAACUGGCGUUGGCUUCACGAUGUCAACAGCACCACGAACUGCUAUGACGGAAAUGAAUGGACCACCGUUUGCAGCACCGAGACCGACUGUGCAACAAAGUGUGCCCUCGAAGGCGCGGAUUAUUCAGGAACUUACGGAGUUACUACCAGUGGCAACGCCUUGACCCUCAAGUUCGUUACCGAUGGCCCAUACAGCACCAACAUUGGCUCGCGUAUGUACUUGAUGGCCAGCGAUAGCGCGUACCAGAUGUUCACCCUGUCUGGCAAUGAGCUAGCUUUCGACGUUGAUCUUUCAACCGUUGACUGUGGUCUUAACGCCGCUCUUUACUUUGUUGCCAUGCCUUCCGACGGUGGCAUGUCAAGCCAGCCAAACAACAAGGCUGGCGCCAAGUAUGGAACUGGAUAUUGCGAUGCCCAAUGCGCUCGCGACCUCAAGUUCGUUGGUGGAAAGGCCAACAUUGAGGGUUGGGUGCCAUCAACCAACGACCCCAACGCUGGAGUCGGACCAUACGGGGCCUGCUGUGCCGAGAUUGAUGUCUGGGAAUCCAACUCCCACUCGUUCGCCCUCACCCCACACCCGUGCGAGAACAACGCCUACCACGUCUGCGAGACCGAUGGCUGUGGCGGUACAUAUAGUGAGGACCGAUUUGCCGGUGACUGUGACGCCAACGGCUGUGACUACAACCCAUACCGCAAUGGUGUGACCGACUUCUACGGCAAGGGAAAGACCAUCGACACGAGCAAGAAGUUCACCGUUGUCACCCAGUUUGCCCAGAACAACCUCACCCAGUACUUUGUCCAGGAUGGUGAGACCUAUUACAUCCCCGCCCCGGCUUUUGACGGCUUCCCCGACAGCAGCUCCAUCACUCCAGCCUACUGCUCCGCCGAGGUUAGUGUUUUCGGCGACCGGGACCGCUUCAGCGAGGUCGGAGGAUUCACCAAGGUCAACUCUGCCCUGAGCUCCAACCCCAUGGUAUUGGUCAUGUCCAUCUGGGAUGACCACUACGCCAACAUGCUCUGGCUUGACUCUUCCUACCCUAUUGCCGACGCCGGUACCGAGGGUGCUGACCGAGGUGACUGCGCAACCACAUCCGGUGUUCCAGCAGACGUCGAGGCGUCCAUCCCCAACGCCCAAGUCAUCUGGUCCAACAUCCGCUUCGGACCCAUCGGAUCAACCGUCUAA